AUGGCCAUUCUGCAGAAGGAGAAUCGGCCUCGUGGACUGCGAGUUCCGUCGCUUUCCGCCUUCAAAUCUAAGAAACCCAUCGACCACGAGCCAGCUCCAGCUCCCGCUCCUGUUUCUACUGCUCCUUCGGCUGCUGCUCCUACGCCUCCAGUUCCCGUCGCUCCUCCUCAGUACCCCGUCCGAACCGACUCUGCCCCCAUUCGACCUGCACGGCCACAGAAUGACAAGGAACUGCCCCCGAAUCCACUGCCGGCUUUUCCUUCCACAUCGGCACCCCUAGGGCGGGAGGAUAUCCACCCAGCAUUCAGAAACGAACCCUCAGCUGCGCGGAACCACAACUACGGGCCUCCUGCCAGAGUCCGCGAUGAACAACCAGUCCAUAUCCCAAAUCAACAAACCCCUUCCAGCGAAAACUCAGUACCACCAGAUGCAGGUGACCCAUUAGAGGACUUCAUCCCGGAUCCCGAGCCCGAGCCCGAGCACGAACCGGAACUGGACGGUGCCAGUGGACGCCUCGACUCUGUGUCGAGUGACGAGAAUAAUGGGCCUUUCACCCCUCCCGAGAUCGAACCGGUCACGGUGCCACUGAACCGACUGCAUUAUGCUUGUUUCCAGGAGCAUCGGAGCAUGAUGCCGGCCAAUAACGUCUGGUAUUCGUUGCCGUGCAUGGCCUGCCAAAAAUUCGACCGGGAGAUGCGCUACAGGUGUGUCUUCUGUUGCUUGCGCAUCUGCGCGGACUGCUAUCAGAGCUUGCAGAAGGUGCCGAAUCGCUCGCUGGCUCGAUUGAUGGAGACGAUGCCUGCAAAUUCUUAA